AUGGAGAAUUGUCUACAAGAAAAUGAGCUCUAUGGCGCUGGCAUCUCUUUAUCGGCGCUUUUGAACUGUCUUGAUGGUGUUGCAGCACAGGAGGGCCGUAUCCUUAUCAUGACCACGAAUCAUAUAGGAAAGCUUGAUAAGGCCUUAAUUCGACCUGGUCGGGUGGAUAAAAGAUAUCACUUUGAUUUCGUGGAUACUAUGAGCGCCAAACAGCUCUUUUAUGCGUUUUUUGACGAGGGGCCCUUUUUUGUCUCCUCGAUUAGUACAGAAAGAGAACCAGACGAUCGGUUGACAUGGGAAAAUAGCAUAUCAGAGCUCUCUGACCGAUUUGCGGAUAUUGUUUCUAUCAGUCAGCUGACUGCAGCGGAGGUCAACAACUAUCUGAUGGAUUUCAGAGACAACCCUAGGAUGGCUGUUUCGAAUGCCCUUGACUGGGUGAGAAGCAGAAGUGAAGAAUCUAUGCCCGCCGCGGCUGCAGAGUUAUCAGAAAGAUAG